UUGUAUUAACCCCUGCCACAGCUAAUCUCCUCACACUACAUCCUAUUCAACAAGAAACGAUGCAAUUUCUUUCAGAUAGCUAGGCAACUAAAUUGUUGAUGGGGGGUUUCAAAUAUAUAACGUUUGGAAAUUGUCCUUAUGGUUCAGUUUAACAUUCAACACAAUUCGAGUACAUUGAAAUAUUUAUUUAUAUACGACUAUGGAAAUUCGUCGUGAGUCGCGUUUAUUCGCGAUUUUUUUGUUAUCACUAAUUGUUUUAAAUAAAAGCGCAAGUGCUAGUGGAUUGAAAGGAUGGGGUGGAGCAGCACAAUUUGGACGUGCUCCGAUACUUGAAAGGUUUUCGUGGCAAGUAUUAGAUUGGGCUUAUCCAGAUCCAAUGUCUCGCGCUGCAGCUCUUGAAAGUGGAGAUUAUAUGCCCGAAAAUGGACUUCCGGUUGGAAUUGAAGUUUGGAACAAUAAAUUAUUCGUCACUGUACCGAGAUGGAAAGAUGGAAUUCCAGCAACCUUGAAUUACAUAUCGUUGGAUACGAACCGUGGUGGUUCACCAAAAUUAACACCGUACCCAAACUGGGUCCAGAAUGUAGCAGGGGCAUGUGAUACUGGUCUAACUACCGCGUACAGAAUUCACGCAGAUGAGUGUGAUCGUCUUUGGGUACUGGAUACCGGCACUAUUGGUAUCGGAAACACGACCGUACAAGCUUGUCCAUACACACUAAAUAUAUUUGAUUUAAAGACCGAUAAAAUUAUACGAAAAUAUCGAUUACGUCCAGAUGAUAUUAAUCAGAAUACAUUUAUAGCGAACAUCGCUGUGGAUUUAGGGAAAGGUGGCUGUGAUGACGCAUUUGCUUACAUGUCCGACGAAUUGGGUUACGGAUUAAUAGUAUACUCGUGGCAAAAUAAUACAUCCUGGAGAGUAACACACAGUUACUUUAUGCCAGAUCCACUAAAGGGCGAUUACACCAUCGAUGGAUUAAACUUCCAAUGGGGUGAGGAAGGAAUAUUCGGCAUGAGUUUAUCACCAAUACUGUCAGAUGGUUACAGAACUUUAUUCUUCCAUCCGCUAAGUAGUGAUCGAGAGUUCGCGGUAUCUACAAGAAUUCUUCGCGAUCCAGUUCUCGCUCUAGAUAGUUAUCAUGAGUUCCAAGUAUUGCCAGAAAGAUUCAUGGGCCACUCAACUUCCGAAGUGAUGGACGAGAACGGUCUCCAGUUAUUCAAUCUGGUCGAUCAGAAUGCCGUAGGCUGCUGGAAUUCGUUAUUGCCUUAUUCACCGGCUAACCAAGCACUGAUCGCCCGACACGAUGAGGCUAUGAUAUUCCCAGCUGAUGUUAAGAUUCGACGAGGAAUGGUGUGGAUAAUAUCAGAUAAAAUGCCACAAUUUUUGAUAACAUCGCUAAACUAUACCGACAUAAACUUUAGAAUACUGACGAUGCCUUUGGCUGACGCUAUUGCUGGAACUGUUUGUGAUAACACACCGUGGAAAUACAUCGGAAGUAAUAUACUCUGGUGGGACCGAUAGUCAAAAUAACAUUUCUAUCUAAACGAUUAAUAGGCAAGCAUAAUAUUCGUAGGAACAUUUAUCAAAAAACACCGAAUUUAAAUUUUUAACUAGACUUUUUUACUACAAUAAAAAAAAAAAAAGUUAUCAUGAUUCAUGACUUUUAAUACAUUGUAAAUUUUAUAAUAAGCAUUAACCGUAAGAUAUAAAUAAAAAUAAAAUGAGAAAAGAAUAAUGUAUGUAUGAGGUUUAAUAAAUUUGUACUUUGUAUAUAUCGAGUGAAGCGGGCAGUGAUUCAGAACAUCUUAUUCAAUAUCAAUGCGAUUGGAAUAUAUAAGACCAAGUAACAUUUUUGUUCAGACUCAAUAUAUCUCUUUCUUUUCUGUUUAUACUCGUUGAAUAUUGACACGCGGGACCACUCGUUUGACGUGGUAAAGAAUAAAGUGCGCCAGUUGCAUCUC